AUGGGUAUGAGGCCCCAUGGAUUUUCAGGGACCUUAGUGGACUUCACUGAUCCUAAGGUGCAAGGACAUCUCGAUGCCCUAGUGCGCAUGGCCCAAUCAUGUGUGAUCAAAGUGAGGGCCACCCCAAAAGAUGUAAGAGCAUAUUUCACGAAUUCCCCACCGAUUACGAGGUCAGGGCAGUGUUUUGCAGCGUGUAUGCUGGAACAGAGUGAUGUCAUCAAUCAUGGAAAGGUAAACCGAGACCUUCUCAUCCACCUGGCCAGUCUGGUGAAUGGAAAAAAUUCAAGAGUUGUACGAAAGCUCCACAGCAUCUCCAGGUUAUGCCUGGACAGCAUUGAAGGAAUGUCAGAUCGCUGCCAACUAGCCUCCACCUAUAACGAUUGCUUGAAUGAGAAUAUGAUUGAAUUCGCCUUUCCCUUGGACCUCGCUGAGGAGGCUGUUCGAAAGAUGCCGUUUCAUCUCAUACAGCCGAAUUUACCACAAGAAUUGCGGCAGACAUCAUUUUAA